AUGUUGGUUCCUACAUUGCUUGUGCGUUGUGGACAUGCAUAUCAGGUGACUGCUGAUCGGAACCUAGUAUCCCACCAUCAUCAACGUCUUAUCAAGAAUCAGUAUUGGGAGUGCUCUAGUCCUUCACAAUCUCUCGGUGUUUUGGCUGUUUUGGUGCGAUCAGGCACGUUAGUAGAAAAACUAGAUAAGGCUGCUUCAGGUGCUUUGAAUGCAAUGUCUCCCAGUAUGACAAAAAAUGAACAGGCUCUUUUGGGUAGGAUGUCAUCAUUUCUAAACUUGACGGGGGUCGUUGAUUCUGUAUCAACUUUAUCUGAGAAAGAAAAACCCUCUUUACCCAAUUCAGUUUCUAGGAAUGAAGUAUUGGCAUUGUAUGAGCAGUUUGUAAGAUAUCAACAGAAAAAAAAUUUCAUGGAAAUGAAACCUGUCGUCAUUUUGAGUAGUCUAGUGCACGAUUUAGACGCAAUAUCAUCAUUGAUGUUUUUAGAAAUGGUUAUUACCACUUCGUUUCAAACCGAUGCUCCCUGGCGUGAUAAGGAAAAUAUUUCUGCCCUUCUCACCCGUCUUCGGUACCAUAUUAUGUACAGUAAAAUGAUUCAGUUUAAAGCAGUUUGGUGGCUUCUUGACAUUCUUAGUAAUUCUGACUCCUUUUUGUUCCAGUACAAAGAAGAAAGUACACGUUUAUUUAAAGCUUGUCUAAGACGUAUUAACGAACUGCUUCCCCAACUUUCAGUUGGUGAGUGUCUCUUGGUUUUCCCCUUACUAGACACUUCAGUGUACGAUAGGCCUUUCAUAAUUUGCGCAAGCAUAAUGAAGCGUCUUCUUGCAUCUGAUUUAAAUGAAUUUGUUGAAGUACCAAACUCUGUUAUAUUACGAGUUUUAGGAUGUAAGGGUCUGAAUUUGUCUGUCUUUCGGAAACUAUGUCAAAUUCUUCAGAAGGAUUACCGUAUAGGUGAAUUUGUAAAAGAAGAUUGUUUAUUUCUUCUUUCAACCUUAGCAACUCGUUUCUCUACAGUCGAAAUUGAUGAAAACAAUAUGGAUCAUUUUUGUGAAUCUUUUUUUGCUCAGCUUUACGUCAAUGCGAAAAUUAUGAGCCCUGUUGAAUGUGUGAGUGCCCUAGAAUACUUGGAACGUAUGAGCCUUUCGGGCUUUUUUAUAUUUCCUUCAUCUGAUCUCUUGGAACGACUGAAAAAGAAAACCUUUAUCGGAAUUGGUCAAUCAAUAAAACGGACUGAUACAAGUCUGAAAGAUAUUGAAGUCAAUAUUGAAAUAAUGCGUCGUCUUGAAGGAGUUUUAAGAAGAUGUGUUCUUCUUCCCUUUGUUUCUAGUGAUGUGGUGAAAGUCAAGGAACUCAUGGAAAAACUGACCCUUCAACGUAGACACAUGGAAAGAAGUGCAUCCUGA